AUGGCUUCCGGUCGAAUCACAGAAUGGCGCAAGCUGCCAAUAGGCUUGACAGAGCUGUGUCUAGCCACCACCCUUCGUUGUGGACAGUCUUUUCGGUGGAAGCAAUGCUCCGACGAUACAUGGGCAUGUUCUUUGCGCGGCAGGAUUGUGCAGCUAUCGCAACAGUCGACGCAUGUCAACUAUCGAUCGAUAUGGCCCAACCAGACCGAGACGCCGCCAACGCCGCCCUCCUCAGCGCCCCCAGAGACAGACGAAGCCGGCGACGACACGCUGGAGUUGUUACAGCACUACUUGAAUCUCAGACCCAAUCUUACCGAGCUGUACGAGCAGUGGUCUGCGUCAGAUCCCAAUUUCAAGAAGAAAGCACCGAAGUUCACUGGGGUGCGCAUACUGCGGCAAGACGCAUGGGAGGCUUUAGUCUGCUUCAUCUGCAGCAGCAACAACAAUAUCAGUCGUAUCAUGCAAAUGGUGGACAAGCUAUGCUUGCAUUACGGACCAUACAUUGCAACCCUAGAUGGACGGCCAUAUCAUGACUUCCCGCAGGCGUCUGCAUUGACUGGAGACAAGGUCGAGGCGCAUUUACGCGAGCUGGGGUUCGGCUAUCGCGGACGCUUCAUUGUGGCUACUGCCAGAGCAGUCGAUGAGCAUGAGGAAGACUGGAUUGACACCCUACGCAACCCUGAAAGUCCAUCAUUUGGACACAAAGCCUCCCCUGGUGGUGAGUGGAACGCGGAAGGACGGGAUGGGUAUCGCGCGGCACAUGAAGAGCUGUUGAAGCUGCUGGGCGUUGGAGCUAAAGUUGCAGACUGUGUCUGCCUGAUGGGUCUAGGAUGGGGUGAGGCAGUGCCCAUUGAUACCCACGUCUGGCAGAUCGCAGUUCGAGACUACAAGUUUGGCAAGGGUAAGCACAGCAGCCUGACCAAAGCAACAUAUGACAGCGUUGCCAACCACUUCCGCAAGUUGUGGGGCCAAGAGGCCGGUUGGGCGCACAGCGUGCUGUUCACAGCAGACCUGAGGGUCUUUUCCGAGCGAUUGACUGCCAAGAUUGAGAUGAAGGAAGAGAGUGGGCAUAUCAAGGUGGAGGAGGUUGAGACGACAGCAAAGACGUCCAUUAAGAGGGAAAACGAAGAUGAAGCUCCAAAGCCGGUACUGGAGCUUGAUGAGAUGGCAGUCAGCAGCAAUACUAGUGAACGCGUCAAGAGAAGGAGGCGCAGGUAG